AUUGACUCUACACCCACUACCACGCAGAUGCAAGACACGGGCAUGCCCGAUGACAAUGUCCAGCUGCUGGGCGAUGAGGGGCUGAGAGCGGGCGGACAGGGACCGAUGAAGCUGGGUUUUGUCGCCGGCGUCAUCCUACGCGAGCGCCUGCCCGGCUUUGAGCGAAUGCUCUGGCGCACCUGCCACGGCAAUGUCUUUCUGAAGCAGGCGCCCAUUGAGAUGCCGCUGGAGGAUCCGCACACCGGCGACAAUGUCUACAAGUCCGUCUUUAUCAUCUUCUUCCAGGGGGAGCAGCUGCAGUCGAAGGUGAAGAAGAUUUGCGAGGGCUUCCGCGCAACUCUCUACCCCUGCCCGGAACGCGUCUCUGACCGCCGCGAGAUGAUCAACGGCGUCGCCUCGCGCAUCGACGACCUCCAGACGGUGCUCUCUCAGACGACCGAGCACCGCCACCGCGUCCUGGUGGCCGCCGCCAUGAACCUCCGCAACUGGCUCAUCAAGGUGCGCAAGAUCAAGGCCAUCUACUGCAUACUGAACAUCUGCAACCUCGACGUGACGCACAAGUGCUUGAUUGCCGAGUGCUGGGUGCCCGCGCUCGACUAUGAGCGCACGAAGGGGGCCAUUGAGCGAGGGUCGCUCCGAUCAGGCAGCAGCGUCCCCGCCAUCAUCAACACGAUGCCCACCAAGGAGACGCCGCCCACCUUUAACCGCACCAACAAGGUGACGAGCGGCUUUCAGAAUAUCGUCAACUCCUAUGGCGUGGCCUGCUACCGGGAGAUCAACCCCGCCCCCUUCACCAUCAUCACCUUCCCCUUUCUCUUUGCGAUCAUGUUUGGCGACGCCGGCCACGGCCUGCUGAUGGCCCUCUUUGCGGGUUGGAUGGUGCUCAAAGAGCGCAACCUGCAGAUGGCGAAGAAUCCGAAUGAGAUUUGGCUGAUGUUCUUCAACGGCCGCUACAUGAUCCUCCUGAUGGGCUUGUUUAGCAUUUACACCGGUUUGAUGUACAAUGACGUCUUCAGCAAGUCGGUCAAUCUCUUUGGCAGCAGCUGGUCGGCGCCCAAGUUGAAACCGGGCGAAAUGUACAAUAGGACGAAUGUAAUGCUGCGGCCGGAUUUAAAUUACGUCGGCAGUCCGUACAUUUUUGGACUUGAUCCGGUCUGGCAACUGUCGCAGAACAAGAUUCUUUUUCUCAACUCGUACAAGAUGAAGCUGUCGGUCAUUCUCGGCGUGGCGCAGAUGUUCUUCGGUGUGGUCAUUAGCUACUUUAAUCAUCGCUACUUUGCCCGCCAGCUGAACGUCAUCUGCGAGUUUAUUCCCCAGGUCAUCUUUAUCCUCUCCAUCUUUGGCUACAUGAACCUCCUCAUUCUGGUGAAGUGGUUCAAGUACGACUACGGCAGCGCCCCCUGUGCGCCCUCCAUUCUCAUCAACCUCAUCAACAUGUUCCUCUACAAGUACGUCGAUGAGAAGGACACCAGCCAGGCGUGCUACCUGCAUUCCUG